GCCGCCCCGGGCUCCGCCGGGAUCCGCCGCGGCUCCGCGCCGCCCGCCGCUGCUGCCGGGCCCAUGGCGAGCACGUCGGCGGAGAUCAUCGCCUUCCUGCUGACCAUCUCGGGAUGGGUGCUGGUGUCCUCCACGCUGCCCACCGACUACUGGAAGGUGUCCACCAUCGAUGGCACGGUCAUCACCACCGCCACCUUUUGGGCCAACCUCUGGAAGACUUGCGUGACCGACUCCACCGGCGUCUCCAACUGCAAGGACUUCCCAUCCAUGCUGGCGCUGGACGGUUACAUCCAGGCCUGCAGAGGAUUGAUGAUCUCCGCUGUCUGCCUGGGCUUCUUCGGUGCCGUUUUUGGACUGGUUGGGAUGAAAUGUACAAAAGUCGGAGGCUCUGAUAAGACUAAAGCAAAAAUAGCUUGUUUAUCUGGACUGAUUUUCAUACUCUCUGGGUUGUGCUCUAUGACUAGUUGUUCCCUGUAUGCAAACAGGAUUACGUCUGAGUUCUUUGACCCUUCUUUUGUUGCACAAAAGUAUGAAUUAGGAGCAGCUUUGUUCAUUGGAUGGGCUGGAGCAUCACUCUGCAUAAUUGGUGGCAUUAUAUUCUGCUUCUCAAUAGCUGAAAACAGUAAUUCUGCAAGGAGGGGGUAUGCCUAUAAUGGAGCCACAUCUGUGAUGUCUUCUCGUACAAAGGUGCACAACAGCGUCCCUGACAAAAGCCCACCCAAGCACUUUGACAAGAACGCCUACGUUUAGUUGCACUGUUGGAAGACUCAAAGCGUUUUUAAACGUGAUUUUGUACGUUUCAUUCAGAGUGAUUCCCCCCACCCCAAGCCCUAUGUACUUACCAUUAAGACAAUGACUUUUAAAAAUAUUAACUUGCAGCUUUUUACAUAUUGAUGUAAAUUUUAUUAUAUAAUAUUUUAAGAUUGAUGUUGGUAUUGUAAAGUUUAUACCUGGAAAUCAUGAGCUGAUGUUGCAUUCUUGAAAAAAAAUAAACGAGGUAUUUACUAAUUCAG